AUGUCGGAUGCACAAGCUCAAUAUCUGGCCAAUAAAGUGUACAGCAAGGAGUCAGAUAAUCCGGUACCAAUGAUGGUUAAGGAAACUCAGGAACUUGGUAAGGGUGCAUUUGGCCGCGUCGUGGAAGCUACAAUGGAACCCGUCACAUCUGACAGCACGCCUACAGUACUUGGACCUUUUGGAAUCAAGAUGGUCCCAUUUGAAAGUGAAUUCAAGAGUAGAGAGUUGGAAAUUCUUAGAGGGACCUCGCAUCCCAAUAUCGUAGCAUUGAAAUACUUUUACAACUACCCAAACAAGUUGGACAAUAACAAGUUAUACCAACAUUUGGUUAUGGAAUGUCUACCCAGUACAUUACAGGCCGAGAUUCGACUGUAUUACAAAAAUAAGUUGACUCUACCAUUGAGUCAUGUGAAAGUUUACUCAUUCCAGCUGGCUCGUGGAAUGAACUAUCUCCACAGCUUUGAUAUAUGCCAUCGUGAUAUAAAACCAUCUAAUAUCCUCAUCGAUCCAUCCACGAUGGAGCUGAAAAUAUGUGAUUUUGGUUCUGCAAAGAAACUGGAGCCUAAUCAGCCCAGCGUUGCUUAUAUCAGCUCGAGAUACUAUCGUGCUCCGGAGCUGAUUGUUGGCUGUCAAUAUUAUACCCCAAAGAUCGACAUAUGGGGGUUUGGCUGUGUGAUGUCUGAGAUGCUUUUGGGCAACAUUUUGUUCAUCGGAAAGGACUCCUUACAUCAAUUGCGUGUUAUAGCACAUCUACUAGGUCCUCCAUCAAAGCAAUUUUUACAUGAAUCGAACCCCAACUACUCCGGCCCUACGUACUCCGCCAAACUGUUCAGUCCUAAAGUUUCGACCCGUUUCAACAAGGUGUUCAAUAAUUCACCACAAGAUGCGAUAGACCUACUGAUGCAUAUUUUGGUUUACGAGCCUGCCUCCAGGUUUUCAGGCUCACAAAUAAUGGCCCACCGCUUCUUCGAUCAACUGCGCGCUCCUGGUUUCACAGUGUAUCCCACCAAUGCAUCACAGGCACUUGAAAUCAGCGACACUCUAUUUAACUUUACGGACUAUGAGAAGUCUAUUAGUGCACAAUUUUUGCCUUCCAUUCUACCUAAUACAAACUAA